AUUGGAGGGCGGUCCCAUGAAAGGAAAUUGAGAGCACUUUAUUAGCUGGGAAGAGGAGUGAGGGGGCAGAAAAGGGAGAAGCUGACCAAAGAUCCGGAGAAGUAUUUCCAAUAUCUGCUGCUAGGAUGUGGAGGAUUCCAUAUUCCCUGAUGCCAGGCCACUGGUAACUGGCACCUGCCAUGUCUUCUGCCAUUCAAGUUAUCUUGUGGCAGCACCUUGUGUACGUGGACAGCUCCUCUCCUCUCCUGCUGGUGAGCACCUACCCUCCUGGGACCAGGGACAGCUCCUCAACUACAAGUGAUCACCUAUAAGUACCUACCUUUGGGGCAAAUACAGCUCCUCUCCUGCUGGUGACCACCUUUCCUCCUGGGACCAGGGACAUCUCCUCAACUACAAGUGAUCACCUAUAAGAACCUACCUUUGGAGCAAAUAGAGCUCCCUUCCUGCUGGUGAGCACCUUUCCUCCUGGGACCAGGGACAGCUCAUCAACUACAAGUGAUCACCUAUAAGUACCUACUUUUGGAGCAAAUACAACUCCCUCCCUGCUGGUGACCACCUAUCCUCCUGGGACCAGGGACAGCUCAUCAACUACAAGUGGUCACCUAUAAGUACCUACUCCCUUUGGAACAAAUACAGCUCCUCUCCUGCUGGUGAGCACCUAUCCUCCUGGGACCAGGGACAGCUCCCCAACUACAAGUGGUCACCUAUCGUCCCUAAGUUACUAGUAGGUAUCUACUCCCCUUGGACAAGGUACUGCUCCCUUCCUGCACCUAUUCUAAGGCAGCUCAUCAACAAGUGAUAACCUAAUCUCGAAGGAACUAGCGGUCACCUACCUUUCUUGGACCAGGUGCAGCUCUUCUUCUCAUGACUACCUUUUCUGGAAACAGGGACAACUUCUCAUCCACCAUCGAUCACCUAAUCUCUGAGGAAGUAUCUAUUACCUAUUCCCUUUAUCCUGCUGAUGAUCACCUAUUCUUCUGGGACCAGGCACAGAUCAACACCUACAAGUGAUCACCUAUAAGUACCUACCUUUGGAGCAAAUACAGCUCCCUCCCUGCUGGUGAUCACCUAUUCUCCUGGGACCAGGCACAGAUCAACACCUACAAGUGAUCACCUAUAAGUACCUACCUUUGGAGCAAAUACAGCUCCCUCCCUGCUGGUGAUAACCUAUUCUCCCGGGACCAGGCACAGACCAACACCUACAAGUGAUCACCUUGUCCUUGAGAAUUUAUUGAUCUCCUGCAAGUCCCUUCUCUACAAUUGUGUAUACUCCUGGGAGAGUUCCUAAGGUACCAGUGAUCCCCUACCCACAUUGGACCAGGUACAGCUCAUCUUCUGCUGCAUUGCCCUCUCCACCACCCUGGCAAACAUUUUAUGGCCCCUUACACACUGACUAUGAAUUCUGACCAAGCAGGGACAAGCCCCAAAGAGCCUGAGGACAGUAAGACAGAGAUGCCAGUGGGCAGCACUCCAGAGGUGGCAUGUGGGUGGAAGAAGCAAGCCUUGCCCUUCAGUGUGGAGGCUCUCAUCUCUGAUAGGAAGCCCAGCAAAGCUCAAUCUUCGGACUCUAUCAGCUCUGGAAGCACACAGGCUUCAUUCCCAGCUAGGAUGCUGAAAACAGAGAAUGGCUCAUCUCCUAUCAGUGUUUUCCCCCACUUAGAGGAAAGAUGUAAGGCAGACCCCGAGAGCCUGGAAGAGAAAGGCAGCAACCCCUGGUAUCAGAGCCCACCAUAUUCUUCUCCAGCAAGACAUCCAAGCCCUCCACCAUGCACUUUGAGGAAGCACAAGAAUAACAGAAAGCCAAGAACUCCAUUCACCACUUCUCAGUUGUUGGCCUUGGAAAGGAAAUUUCGACAGAAGCAAUACCUUUCUAUUGCUGAAAGAGCUGAAUUUUCAAGCUCUUUGAACCUCACAGAGACACAAGUAAAGAUCUGGUUUCAAAACAGAAGAGCCAAAGCAAAGAGGCUUCAAGAGGCUGAAAUAGAGAAGCUAAAAAUGGCUGCCAAGCCAUUACUACCCUCCUUUGCUCUUCCGUUUCCUUUAACUGCCCAGUUAGGGUCCACUUCACCUUAUGGACAUCUUAACUCUUUCCAGAGACCUCCCAUGCCUGUUCCAGGAUUGUUCACAACUCCAGUCACAUAUGGAAUGUAUUACUUAUCAUAAAGACAUUGAAAAUGAGCAAAGUAUUAGAUAAACUGGGUAUCUCUUGGGUGUUGUAAGGCCUAUAAUACUGAAAACUAAGAGAACUACAUAUCCUACCCCUAUCUCCAGGGUGACUAGCAUACAGAUUUAACAAAAAUAUUCAAUAUGACUUUCUGAAUGCGCAGUAGUCACAAAAUACAAUGUCAUGAUGGAAUAAUAUUUGAUAUAAACUAAUAUGACAAUGACGCUAUAGAAAGCACUUUACUCUUAGGUGCCUUUUCUUCAACAACAAUCCAGCAAUGCUGCAGGAACCAAAAGAGUAAAGGGGUUAAUAUUUUUUAGCAUUGUUUUGUACAUUUAUUAUUUACCACAAGAAGCACAGAGAUUUGGUUGUACCGUUUACUCAAAAAAUGCUUUGCUGUGAAAUGAUUUGCUGUUUUAGGUAGCCUGGGCAAAAGUACUGUAGAUAACGUGCAGUCGUCUGUUAACUCUAAUAACAUUCCUUCCCUCUUAGGUCAUUUUGUUCUCUAAUUGUUGACAACUAUACCCGAGGCCUCGUACACACGACCAAGAAACUCGACGGG